GAGGUACCUGGGGCUGGGAGUGAUGUCAGCUCGCAGCUCGGUGCCUGCCCGGAUUCCUGCCAUGGUGUAGGGCAGGCCGGCUGGGAGGGGACGGGAGGGGACGCGUGUCCUGCGAGCCCGCGGCGGGGCCGGAGCGCUGGGUUCCCGACUCCGACCUAGGCGAGCCACAACUUUUGGAACUCCUGCGGGCGGCUCUCCACUCCCAGGUGCCCUUAACAGCAGAUCACCAGGGAAGUUGCUGAGAAUCCCAGUCAGACCUCAGCCCAGGAACUUUGCGAGAAUCAGUAUAAAAGAACUUGUACCGACCAGUUAGCUAAGUUACAUGAAGAUUUGAAGAGCUGAAAAAAAAUCAAUAUUACACCUGCUUUUUAAAAGCUUGCACUGUAUGUUUAAGAAGUGGACCACAGGUUAAGAAUAAGGUUGGAAUUUGGUCUUGAUCAAUAAGAAAAUGAUGAGUGAUGCAAGUGACAUGUUGGCCGCGGCGCUGGAGCAGAUGGAUGGUAUCAUAGCAGGUUCUAAGGCCCUGGAAUAUUCCAAUGGGAUUUUCGAUUGCCAGUCUCCCACCUCUCCGUUCAUGGGAAGCUUGCGAGCAUUGCACCUUGUGGAAGACCUGCGUGGAUUGUUGGAGAUGAUGGACACCGAUGAGAAGGAAGGCUUGAGGUGCCAGAUUCCAGAUUCAACAGCAGAAACGCUCAUCGAGUGGCUCCAGAGUCAAAUGGCAAAUGGACACCUACCUGGGAACGGAGAUGUGUAUCAAGAAAGACUGGCACGUUUAGAAAAUGAUAAAGAAUCCCUUGUUCUUCAGGUCAGUGUGUUAACAGACCAAGUGGACGCACAGGGAGAGAAGAUUCGAGAUUUGGAAUUUUGUCUUGAAGAGCACAGAGAGAAGUUGAACGCCACCGAGGAAAUGCUGCAGCAGGAACUUUUGAGCAGGACAUCCUUAGAAACUCAGAAGUUGGAUCUGAUGGCUGAGAUUUCUAACUUGAAGUUAAAAUUGACAGCUGUAGAGAAGGACAGAUUGGAUUAUGAAGAUAGGUUUCGAGACACAGAGGGGCUAAUGCAGGAAAUCAAUGAUUUGAGGUUGAAAAUCAGUGAAAUGGAGAGUGAAAGACUUCAGUAUGAAAAAAAGCUUAAGUCAACCAAAUCUUUAAUGGCCAAACUUUCUAGCAUGAAAAUCAAGGUGGGUCAGAUGCAGUAUGAAAAGCAGCGGAUGGAGCAAAAAUGGGAGUCACUGAAGGAUGAACUAGCAUCUUUAAAAGAACAACUGGAAGAGAAAGAAGCUGAAGUAAAAAGACUGCAAGAAAAACUGGUUGGCAAGAUGAAAGGAGAAGGGAUUGAGAUUCUUGAUAGAGAUGAAAAUUUUAAAAAGAAGCUCAAAGAAAAAAAUAUUGAAGUACAAAAGAUGAAAAAAGCUGUGGAGUCUUUGAUGGCAGCAAAUGAAGAAAAGGAUCGGAAAAUAGAAGAUCUUCGUCAGUGCCUGAAUAGGUACAAGAAAAUGCAAGAUAUGGUAGCAGUGGCCCAAGGCAAAGAUGGCGAAUAUGAGGAUCUGUUGAAAUCUGGUUCCUUCUCCACUUUAUUGGAUGUACAAGGUUUUAGUGAUCUGGAAAAAAGCCCAUCACCUACUCCAGUAAUGGGGUCUCCAAGCCAUGACCCGUUUAACACAAGUAUUCCAGAAGAGUUCCACACCAGCAUCUUGCCAGUUCCAGUCCCGUCGUUAGUACCAGUGUCUCUGGGCGUGGAAACUUCUGAAAACUCCAAGUUGUCUCCCAAGUCAGAGACUUCAUUCGAAGAAAAUGAUGGAACUCCUGGUGCUGCCAUUGAAACCCAGUUGUGUGAUGAUCUUUCAACUUCAAGUCUGCAAAAGUCCAGCAGCCUGGGCAAUCUGAAGAAAGAGACAUCAGAUGGGGAAAAAGAGUCUACUCAGAAGCCUUCAGAGGAUAAAGCUCCAGGAGAAAGCAGCACGUUUGGGAGCCUCCCUCUCAAAGCUUCAGGACACAGUGCUUCUGUCGAUGAUAACCCCUUUGGCACUCGAAAAGCCAGAUCUUCCUUUGGCCGGGGCUUUUUUAAAAUCAAAAGUAACAAGAGGACAGCAAGUGCGCCGAACUUGGAUCGUAAACGAAGUGCCAGUGCACCCACCUUAGCUGAAACAGAAAAAGAAACCACAGAACACCUAGAUCUGGCUGGUGCAUCUUCUCGGUCAAAAGAUUCACAGGGUAACAGCCCCUUCCAGAUAUCUCCACCAUCUCCAGAUUCCAAGAAGAAAUCCAGAGGUAUCAUGAAACUCUUUGGAAAACUUAGGAGAAGUCAGUCAACUACAUUCAACCCGGAUGAUAUGUCUGAGCCUGAAUUUAAAAGAGGAGGGACAAGGGCAACUGCAGGGCCCCGGUUAGGUUGGUCUCGAGAUUUGGGACAGUCUAACAGUGAUUUGGAUAUGCCAUUUGCCAAAUGGACCAAGGAGCAGGUUUGCAACUGGCUGGUGGAACAGGGCUUAGGGUCCUACCUGAAUUCUGGCAAACACUGGAUUGCAUCUGGCCAAACUCUUUUGCAGGCCUCUCCACAAGAUCUAGAGAAGGAGCUUGGAAUCAAGCACUCACUUCAUCGAAAGAAGCUUCAGCUAGCACUGCAAGCCCUGGGAUCUGAGGAAGAAACCAAUCAUGGAAAGCUGGAUUUCAACUGGGUCACUAGAUGGCUGGACGAUAUUGGCCUCCCCCAGUAUAAGACUCAGUUUGAUGAAGGACGGGUAGAUGGGAGAAUGCUGCAUUACAUGACUGUCGAUGACUUAUUGUCAUUGAAGGUUGUAAGCGUUCUACACCAUCUCAGUAUUAAAAGGGCCAUCCAGGUGCUGAGGAUCAACAAAUUUGAACCAAACUGUCUACGGAGGCGGCCAUCUGAUGAGAACAGCAUCACCCCAUCAGAGCAGUGGACCAAUCACCGAGUGAUGGAGUGGCUGCGCUCUGUGGACUUGGCGGAGUAUGCCCCCAAUCUCAGGGGCAGUGGUGUUCAUGGCGGGCUUAUGGUUCUCGAACCUCGUUUUAACGUAGAAACAAUGGCUCAGUUAUUGAACAUCCCACCAAACAAGACCUUGUUGCGAAGACAUUUGGCAACUCAUUUCAACCUUCUGAUCGGUGCUGAGGCCCAACACCAGAAGCGAGAUGCCAUGGAAUUACCAGACUACGUCCUUCUAACAGCUACUGCCAAAGUGAAGCCAAAGAAACUUACCUUCAGCAAUUUUGGAAACCUGAGAAAGAAGAAGCAGGAAGAUGGGGAAGAAUAUGUUUGUCCAAUGGAAUUGGGGCAGACAUCGGGCAGUGCAUCUAAGAAAGGAUUCAAACCCGGUUUGGACAUGCGCCUGUAUGACGAGGAUGAUUUGGACCGGCUAGAGCAGAUGGAGGAUUCAGAAGGGACAGUGAGACAGAUAGGUGCAUUCUCUGAAGGCAUCAACAAUCUAACACACAUGUUGAAGGAAGACGACAUGUUCAAAGAUUUUGCCGCCCGUUCCCCCAGUGCCAGCAUCACAGAUGAAGACUCGAACGUCUGACAUCGCGCCUGGAUGAACCGUAGGAGCUCUUGGUCGUGUUAUCCACUCUCUUUUCCAAGCACUCGCAGUAUAUACCACGAGAGGCAGAUCGCGCAUUGCUCAUUGUUCAGCUUUUGCCCAUCUUGAAGUGGCAGUGGAAAGCGGGGGAGAUGUGCCUAUUCUGAAGUUGCCGUGAAAAUCGAGACACUGGUGACUGAGAGUAUAAUUGUUUUUUUCUCUAUUUAAUGUAAAAAUAUACAUGAUAUGUUAUAUUUAAAGUGUUGCACUUACAGUGAGUGUUUUGCCAUUCGCCACGCAUUAUGGAGGGAGCCGUAACCAGUGUGAAUGAUGUCAUCGUGUGGGCGUUUACCACAGCCAUGCAAGCAGAAUGCUGCUGGAGUUCAGAACGGUUGUGUAGA